AUGAGGAGCAAGGGAACGUUCAACGCGGCCGCCUUCAAUUCGCCCUCCAUGAUCAACAACGGACUCCUUCUCGCGGUGAGUCAGUGGUGUGAGAAGAAAAAGUGAAAAUGAUGAUGACGAUGAGCAUCUUAUCUGAUUAUUCUAGUCGACUGCUCGCCAUGUCCAAUUAUUCUUUGAAUUCGGUUUUUUGUGUGAAGCGUGUAAUCUAAAGUCACCGCCAGGCUGGCAAGAUCCCGGGCCGGUCCCAAAGUCUCACCUUGAACACAUUUUUUUUGCGAAACGUCUUGAAAAAUGGCUGCUACCGCCGCAUUUGAAAAAAUUUCUUUCGCGUUUCGGUCCGCGCGCCUCGUUCAAGUCUGGUCACAACUGGGGCCGUUCCAAAAGUGAUCUAUCUUUAGAGGCCUAUAUCUUAAGAACCAGUGAAAAUUAGGAAAAAUGAUCAACUAAAAAGUUGUUGGAAAUGUUAUCUUAAACAACUAUGUAAUUGAUCAUUAUAUCUGAAAACGCUAAGUUUUUGAGUUAUGGCUUCAUUUCUGAACAGUACGCUGAUAUAGUAGAAGUCUUCUUGUAACCUAGGACCUCCCUCUUUAUGUCAACGGUUAUUAGAAGAAGAUGAAGAGGGAGGGAAUUCCAAAUUCUCAAGACAUUGUCCCCAUCUUCUAAGAACCCUUAUUCAUUGUUAUGUUCCUCCCUACUUCAUCUUGCUCCUCCCACGCAAAGUGUGUGCUCUCAGGGCUUCGACAAUAACGGUACCAGUCGGGAGACUCGCGAGAGUUACGAAGAGUACAAGGACGAUAUUGAUCACUUGCUCGAGGAGGAUUUGACGUUUUAUGAUGAAAAUGAGGGUGAGGAAACUGCCGAAGGUCCUGUGGUUAAGAAGAAGCAGAAGCCGCCGGUGAAGGAAGAGACUGAAGAAGAAGAAGAAGAAGAAGAAGAAGAAGAAGAUGGAUGGGAAGAAGAAGAAGAAGAAGAAGAAGUGACGACGACUACAGCAACUACAAUAGCGACGACUACGGUAGCAGUGACAACAACAACGACGACGAGUGCGAGUACGGUAGCUCCGGAAGAAGUGACGACACAGGAGUUUAGAGAUGAAGAGCAAGAAGAAGACGAAGAAGAAGAAGAGGAAGAUGAUGUGAGGUGA